AAAGCACUCAGUGACCAUUGAUAUAUUGGACUGAAAGCUACAUUUAUGUUCAGAGUGCCGCAAACCUGCAAAGGUGUGCAUCCUCUUAGAUUUUGGCCAUUCAUUCAAGCCCGUUGCACAUUUUCUCCGGCUGCUACCACUUCUCUGCAAUUCAUAUCGGAUGGCUAUGAAAACGAGAACAAAGACCUUGAUUUCAAACUUUUAUUCUCAUCCUGCACAAACGUGCACCUUGCCAAGCGCCUUCAUGCCCUUCUUGUUCUAUCAGGGAAUGCUCAAGACAUCUUUCUCUCCACCGGACUUGUCAAUCUUUAUGCCAACCUUGGUGAUGUCUCAUUUGCUCGGCACACGUUUGAUCAGAUUCAGAAAAAGAAUAUUUUUACUUGGAACUCAAUGAUAUCUGCUUAUGCUCGUGUUCAUCGUUAUCAUGAAGCUGUAAACUGUUUUUAUCAGCUCUUGUUAACCUCUUGCCUUCAACCUGAUUCCUACACUUUUCCACCUGUGUUAAAAGCUUGUGGAAAUAUGGUUGAUGGGAAGAAGAUGCAUUGCUGGGUUCUAAAGUUGGGUUUCGAAUGGGAUGUCUUUGUGGCUGCUUCUUUGGUCCAUAUGUAUUCCCGCUUUGGUUUCUUAGGUGUUGCGCGUAAAUUGUUCAAUAACAUGCCAGUUCGGGAUAUGGGUUCUUGGAAUGCAAUGAUUUCUGGGUUUUGUCAGAAUGGAAAUGCUGCAGAGGCAUUGGACCUUUUGGACGAGAUGAGAUUGGACGGCGUUAAGAUGGAUCCCGUUACUGUUGCAAGUAUACUUCCUGUUUGUGCGCUAUCAGAUGAUAUCUUAGUUGGAAUUUUAGUUCAUUUGUAUUCCAUAAAGCAUGGACUGGAAUCAGAUGUAUUUGUGUCCAACGCCUUGAUUAACAUGUAUGCGAAAUUUGGGAACUUAGGGCAUGCACAAAGGGUUUUUGAUCAGAUGGAGGUAAGAGAUUUGGUUUCAUGGAACUCAAUAAUUGCUGCAUAUGAGCAGAAUGAAGAUCCAAUCACUGCGCUUGGACUAUUCAAAGAGAUGCAACUGGUAAGGAUUCAGCCUGAUUUGUUGACAGCAGUGAGUUUGGCAUCUAUUGUUGCUCAAUUAAGUGAUCAUCGAAAUAGUCAGUCUGUUCAUGGAUUUGUUGUAAGGAGAGGUUGGCUUAUGAAAGAUGUUAUCAUUGGAAAUGCUGUUGCAGAUAUGUAUGCAAAAGCUGGUUCUGUAGAUUCUGCUCGCAGAGUCUUUGAAGGACUUCCUGUCAAAGAUGUGAUUUCAUGGAAUACCUUAAUCACCUGUUAUGCUCAAAAUGGUCUUGCAAGUGAGGCGAUUGAAUUUUACCAUAUGAUGGUAGAGCACAUAGAGAUAAUUCCUAACCAAGGUACUUGGGUGAGUAUUCUACCAGCAUAUUCCCAUGUAGGGGCCUUGCAACAAGGUAUGAAAAUUCAUGGCCGUGUGAUUAAGAACUGUCUCUACUUGGAUGUCUUUGUGGGUACCUGCCUGAUUGACAUGUACGGAAAAUGUGGAAAAUUAGAUGAUGCAAUGUCCUUAUUUUAUCAAGUGCCCAGGAAGAGUUCAGUUCCUUGGAACGCCAUAAUAUCCUGUCAUGGAAUUCAUGGGCAUGGUGAGAAAGCUCUGAAGCUAUUUAACGAAAUGAUAGACGACGGGGUAAAGCCAGAUCAUGUAACCUUUGUAUCUUUAUUAGCGGCUUGUAGCCAUUCAGGUUUGGUUGAUGAGGGUCAAUGGUGCUUCAAUGUGAUGCAAGAAAAAUAUGGCAUCAAGCCUAGUUUGAAGCACUAUGGUAGCAUGGUAGAUUUGCUCGGGCGAGCUGGACGUUUAGACCUGGCAUAUAAUUUGAUACAAAACAUGCCUAUACAGCCUGAUGCUUCUGUCUGGGGUGCUCUUCUUGGUGCUUGUAGAAUACAUGGAAAUUUCGAGUUGGGUUCGAUUGCUUCAGAUCACUUGUUUGAAGUUGAUUCAGAGAAUGUUGGCUACUAUGUUUUGCUGUCAAAUAUUUAUGCCAAUGUUGGGAAAUGGGAGGGAGUGAAUAGAGUGAGAUCAUUGGCAAGAGAUAGGGGAUUAAAGAAGACACCUGGAUGGAGCUCAAUUGAAGUGAACAACAAAGUUGAUGUAUUCUACACUGGAAACCAAACUCAUCCUAAAUCUGAAGAAAUAUACGAGGAGCUCGAGGUUCUGACUGCGAAAAUGAAGAGCCUUGGUUAUGUUCCAGACUAUAGCUUUGUGCUGCAGGAUGUUGAGGAUGAUGAGAAGGAGCAUAUCCUCACAAGUCAUAGUGAAAGAUUGGCAAUUGCAUUUGGAAUUAUUACCACUCCUCCUAAAAGUACCAUUCGUAUUUUCAAGAAUCUGCGGGUUUGUGGUGACUGCCAUGAGGCGACUAAAUUCAUUUCUAGGAUUACUGAAAGAGAGAUCAUUGUAAGGGAUUCAAAUCGUUUCCAUCAUUUCAAGAAUGGAAUUUGCUCUUGUGGCGAUUAUUGGUGACAUGGAUUAGAUAAUAAUAUGUUACUUGCAAACUUUUUCUUCACAAUAAGAGUUGGUUUAUCUCAUUCAUUAUUGUAGAAAAGAUUCAUGUCAAUGGUAUAAGGUGUCGUUUG